AUGAGCUCAUCAAUCCCCCACCAACGCCCAGAUGCUCCUUCUUUCCCUUGCGUGGAUGCGAAUGAAUCAAGAGCAGCAAAGCUGGCGACACAGGCGAAUAAGCUUACAUUCAUCAAACAAAACAAUCAAAAUCAGGUUAAAAUUGAAGACGUUGAGGGUGAGGGCCCAGAGCCCGUAUAUGCAACUCCCACUCCAGCAACUUAUCAGUCUUUCACUUCACACUAUCCUUUACUCUUGGAUUAUGGCGGUGUACUCCCUAAUUUCGAUAUCGCUUACGAAACUUGGGGUUCUCUCAAUCAAGACAAAUCAAACGCUAUUCUCCUACACACGGGUUUGAGUGCGUCAUCACACGCCAAGUCUCAUCCAGGCAAUGAUACUCCUGGCUGGUGGGAAAGAUUCAUCGGUCCUGGCUCAGAUUAUGCCAUUGAUACUGAAAAAUUCUUUGUUAUCUGUACCAACGUCCUCGGUGGUUGUUAUGGUUCCACUGGUCCUUCUUCUCCCCACCCAGAAGAUAGUAAACCUUAUGGUACAAGAUUCCCUAUAAUUACUCAAUUUGAUAUGGUCAGGGCUCAGUGGAGAUUGAUCGAUAGCCUCGGUAUUCACAAACUUUACGCUUCAGCCGGUUGUUCUAUGGGUGGUAUGCAGUCUAUCGCUGCUGCACAUCUUGAACCUGAACGUGUUCGCUCGAUUAUAUCUAUCUCCGGCACUGCUCGAUCAGGUUCAACCGCUGUAGCCAUGAGAUUCGCUCAGAGAAGUUGUUUAAUGUCUGAUCCAAAUUGGAAUAGAGGUUUUUAUUACGAUGGUAUGCCUCCACACACAGGCAUGAAGAUGGCUAGACAAAUCGCCACUAUCACUUACAGAUCUGGACCUGAGUGGGAACAAAGAUUCAGCAGAAAGAGGAGAGUCACUCCCUUGUCAGAUGAUGAGAUGGCUACGAAUGUAAACAAUCCAGGAGAUGCACCUAAACUGUGCCCAGAUUUUCUUAUCGAAACAUACCUUGAUCAUCAAGGAGAACAAUUCUGUUUGAAAUACGAUGCCAACUCAUUGAUAUACGUUUCCAAAGCAAUGGAUUUGUUCGAUAUGACCAAACCAGCCCUGAUGGACAUCGAUCAACACCGCAAGAGAAAUGAGAACAAGGUUAAUAAGGAACUGCUUGGAUCAAAAACAUCGCACUCAAUGGAACCGCCCUCACUUGAUAGUGUGCAGGUCAACAAUCGCAAACCAUACAUUUCAACAGCCCCAGCAGUGCCAUACGCUCAAGAGUUGACUGAGGGUUUAACAAGACUAUCAAAGAUACCAGUAUUGAUUAUAGGGGUGCACAGUGAUAUACUAUUCCCAUUUGAUCAGCAAAGAGAGUUGGCUGAUAGCUUGAGAAAGGGAGGUGAUCCUGAGCGCGUGAAAUUCUUCGCACUAGAUGGACCGUGGGGACACGAUACUUUCUUGAUUGAUACAUCCAAUGUUGGUGGUGCAAUUAGAGGAUUCUUGAUUUGA